AAUUCCAACCUCGUUGUCAACGGAUUCUACUUCCAUAGAAUCUUUCUAUCCCGGUAUUUCCCUUCCACAGCCCCCGAAACGCAUUCAGAUUCCAUUUAUUUAUUAGGGUUUCUCUGUGUUUAGAUACUGUGUUCUCUCUAACUUUCAGCUUCGGCUCUCUGAUUUUUUAAACCCUAGCUUCUUCUGUCUUUCUCUUAUCGAACUUCCCGUUUUCCAAUCAGUGACAAUGGUGGUCAAAGACGAGAAAUCCGAGAAAUCAUUGGAGCUGUUUCUGAAGAUUGGUUUGGAUGAGCGAACUGCGCGAAACACCGUAGCGAAUAACAAGGUUACUGCCAAUCUGACGGCCGUCAUUCACGAGGCUGCUGUUACAGAUGGAUGUGACCGCGCCAUUGGGAAUUUACUUUACACGGUUGCCACGAAGUUUCCAACAAAUGCUUUGGUGCAUCGCCCAACUUUGCUUGAAUAUAUUAUAUCCUCUAAGAUUAAGACUACAGCUCAGUUGGAUGCAGCAUUUUCAUUUUUUGCGGCUACUGGUUCUGAGAAUUAUAAGUUGAAUGAAUUUGAGGAUGCGUGUGGUGUUGGAGUUGAAGUCUCAGAGGAGGAUAUUGAGCAGACUGUUAAGGAAAUUUUUGAAGAGAAUAAAAGCACAAUUUUGGAUUUACGUUACCGGACUAAUGUUGGUGAAUUAAUUGGGCAAGUUAGAAAAAGGCUUCCAUGGGCUGACUCAAAGUUUGUUAAGCAACUCAUAGAUGCGAAGUUGUAUGAACUUCUUGGUGAGAGAACUGCAGCUGAUAAUGAGAAGCCUUCAAAAAAGAAAGAGAGGAAAGAAAAGCCUGCCAAAGUUGAAGAUAAGAAGAGUUCUGAGGAUACUCCAGCACAGCCAUCUGAAGAAGAGCUUAAUCCAUACUCAAUAUUCCCUCUGCCAGAAGAAAAUUUCAGGGUGCAUACUGAAGUUUUUUUCAGUGAUGGCUCUGUGCUAAGAUGUAGCAAUACGAAGGAAAUGCUUGACAAGCAUCUAAAGGUGACAGGGGGGAAAGUAUUUACUCGUUUCCCGCCUGAACCAAAUGGAUAUUUGCAUAUUGGACAUGCGAAGGCAAUGUUUGUUGACUUUGGUCUGGCGAAAGAGAGAGGUGGGUGCUGCUACUUGAGAUAUGAUGACACGAACCCUGAGGCUGAAAAGAAAGAAUAUAUUAAUCAUAUUGAAGAAAUUGUUCAGUGGAUGGGUUGGGAACCUUUCAAGAUUACUUACACCAGUGACUAUUUCCAAGAUCUGUAUGAUUUGGCAGUGGAAUUAAUACGAAGAGGCCAUGCUUAUGUUGACCAUCAGACCCCUGAAGAGAUAAAGGAGUACAGGGAGAAAAAGAUGAACAGCCCUUGGAGGGAUAGGCCAAUUGCAGAGUCAUUGAAACUUUUUGACGAAAUGAGAAGAGGCAUGAUCGAAGAAGGCAAAGCCACUCUCAGAAUGAAGCAAGAUAUGCAGAGUGAUAAUUACAAUAUGUAUGACCUAAUAGCCUAUCGUAUCAAGUUUACUCCACAUCCACAUGCAGGGGACAAGUGGUGUAUAUAUCCAAGUUACGAUUAUGCUCAUUGCAUUGUCGAUUCUCUUGAAAAUAUUACGCAUUCACUGUGCACCCUCGAAUUUGAGACACGCCGUGCAUCAUACUAUUGGUUAUUACAUGCAUUGGGACUUUACCAACCUUAUGUAUGGGAAUACUCGAGACUCAAUAUUACAAACACUGUAAUGUCAAAGCGUAAGCUCAAUUUCUUGGUGACAAACAAGUACGUUGAUGGAUGGGAUGAUCCCCGCCUUAUGACCCUUGCUGGGUUACGGCGUAGAGGUGUUACAUCAACUGCAAUCAAUGCCUUUGUUCGGGGGAUUGGAAUCACUAGAAGUGAUUGUAGCAUGAUACGUUUGGACCGGCUUGAGUAUCACAUUAGGGAAGAACUGAACAAAACAGCAGCUCGCACUUUGGUCGUGCUACAUCCUCUCAAGGUGGUCAUUACAAAUCUGGAGUCUGGCACAGUUUUAGAUCUUGAUGCAAGGCAAUGGCCAGAUGCUCAGACAGACGUUUCAUCUUCUUUUUACAAGGUUCCCUUUUCCAGAGUUGUAUACAUUGAGCGUUCUGAUUUUCGUAUGAAAGAUUCAAAAGAUUAUUAUGGUCUUGCUCCCGGUAAAUCAGUUCUUCUCAGAUAUGCAUACCCCAUAAAAUGCACAGAGGUUAUCCUAGCUGAGGAUAAUGAAACUGUUGUUGAGAUCCGGGCAGAAUAUGAUCCUUUAAAAAAGACAAAGCCAAAGGGAGUUCUUCAUUGGGUUGCUGAGCCUUCCCCAGGGAUUGAUCCGCUGAAGGUGGAAGUCAGAUUAUUUGAGAAACUUUUUAACUCUGAGAAUCCUUCUGAACUUGAUGAUUGGCUUGCCGACCUAAACCCACAUUCCAAAGAGGUGAUACCUGAUGCAUAUGCUGUACCAUCAGUCCAAAAUGCUGCUGUUGGGGACGGAUUUCAGUUUGAAAGGCUAGGCUAUUUUGUAGUUGAUAAAGACUCCACCUCAGAGAGACUGGUCUUCAAUCGAACCGUCACGCUCAAAGAUGGAUAUUCUAAGGGUGGUGGGAAAUAGAAAUCUAUCAGCAUACGGAGCUGGGAACAGAAAGGGAUGUGCCAGGUGAUACAAAUUAAAAGUCGAUGUUUUAUGACUACUUUAUACAUCUGUAAAUUACUAUCUUUAUUGACCUCAGUUUUUAGAUAUAAAAUCUACUUUGCCCGGCUGUACUUACCUUUUAUAUCAAUUAUAUAGAUAACACUCUUGUAACUUUUUGUUAUAACUUAUAUUAUCCUUUGGUUGCCUAUCUCGAAA